UGUUGCUGACAUUUCUCAACGUCAUACAAAAGUCAAAUUUCUAAUUCCAACACUAUACAAUAUAUUGGUAGUUUAUUAGUUAUUCAUAUUAAUUUAACUUUAACAUAAAUAAAGAUUUAAGAACAUGGACAACCAGCCCACCAAAGAAGACAUUCAAGCAGUAUUUAAUAGGUUACGGUCAAUUCCAGCCAACAAGGUUUGUUUUGAUUGUGAAGCCAAAAAUCCAACAUGGGCAAGUGUUACAUAUGGUGUUUUCAUCUGUAUAGACUGCUCAGCAGUUCACAGAAGUUUGGGAGUACAUUUGACUUUUGUAAGAUCUACUCAGUUAGACACCAAUUGGACUUUAAUGCAACUUAGGCAAAUGCAAUUAGGAGGCAACAGUAAUGCGUUGCAGUUCUUUAGUCAACAUAACUGUAACACUAAUGAUGCUCAGAAGAAAUAUAAUUCUAGGGCAGCCCAAUUAUAUAGAGAAAAGCUUAAUCAAGCUGCUGCCAGUUCGUUAAGAACCAAUAAAGAGCUGCAUGUUCAUCCCCAGCCGCAAGAAAAACAAGAAGAGAAAGAAGCCGACUUUUUCUCGGAACAGGAUCAUUUCAGUACUCAGGACACUUCUUCUGUUCGAUCACAAUCGAAUUUUAACGAAUUAAGCUCGCCAGUUAGAAAUGCCGAGUCUAUUAAACCAGCAGAACAACUGAAUGUCGGUGAAGGACCUAAAGUUGAUUUCUCAGUAGCUCAUUCACAUGUCGAACCAAAGAAAUCUACAAUCGGAGCUAGAAAACCAGCUGCAAAAAAAUCUACGCUCGGUGCUAAAAAAUCUGGUCUGGGCGCCACUAAGGUUAAAACGAACUUUGCCGAAAUCGAAAAGGAAGCGGAGCUUGCCGAAGAACUGCGUGCCAAAGCAGCUGAGGAUGCACUUAAAAUGGCUGCUUUGACGGUGAAAGAACAAGAGGAACGGGACGCAGCCGUAAGAUUGGCCUACAAAGACCUUAGCUUACAACAACAAAAGAAAGAGGAACAGCUAAGGAAAGAAGAUCCGAAAAAAGCUGCUCAGCUGGAAAGGCUGGGAAUGGGACUUGGUGCAAGGACGGGAGUGAGCCACUCAGCUAUCAGUGACAUGCAAACAAUAGAGCAAGAAAAUAUCAAAGGUUCAAGUAGUACUGUGACAUCUUUGGGACAAUUGCGAUUAUUAAUAGAUAAUGGUUUAAUUAUGGACGAUGAUUUUCAUGGAAAUACACUAAGUAUGAUUCGAAACUCCAACAGUUACGGUAAUAGCAAACUUAAUUCGUUCAUGACAGAUUUGGCCGAGACCAAAUCCGAAAGUAGUAAAUCGAGCAAAGAUAGCUGGGUGAUAAUAGAUGAUCCACCAGAGAAACCCAAAUCUAGUUCUUAUGAAAGAGAAAGAGAAAGGGAGCGUGAACGUGAAAAGCCACCGAGAAACCUUGAACCCGUUAGCAAUACCGACGAAGCGCAAAAGAAAUUCGGUAACGCCAAAGCAAUUUCAUCCGACCAAUUUUUCAAUGAUGGUAGUGCCGACUAUGAAGCUCAGGCUAACUUAAGCAGAUUCCAAGGUUCUUCCAGUAUAUCGUCGGCAGAAUUUUUUGGUAACGGUAGAGAGGCAAGUUAUUCAUCUAACAAUGUACCCGCUUAUGAUCUAGAAGAUGUUAAAGAAAGUGUCCGACAAGGUGUCACGAAAGUAGCUGGCAAGUUGGGAUCUAUGGCUAACGAUUUAAUGUCAUCAAUUCAGGAUCGAUAUGGUUACUAGCAUUUAACCAUCGACGACGAGUUGGAGAGAUUGGCACAUCAGCACACAUCGUAAAUUUGUUAAAAAUUUCGAUUUUAGAUAAAUUCAGCGAUAUCAGAUGUGCCUUGACACUAGGACUUUUUAAAAAUAAAUAUAAAUCAAUUGAAAAACAGUUUUAUACAGUACGUCCUGGAGGUCUCUACGUAAAUGGUUAAAAUCUUUUUCAAUUAUCACCUUUUAAUUGUUUAUUACUAACAUAUCAAAAGUAACACUUUCGUCUCAUGUUUACGUAUUAAAUAAUUGAAAUUUUCAUCAAGCCAUUAAAAUAUACAAACCUCAAUGGUCAUGCCCAAUUGAUUGAGUAUUUUGUUAUAUAAGACAUCAGCAAUAUAUAGCCGGAUCAAAGAACAAUCUGACCCCCAAAAAAAUAAAGGAAGGAUGAAAAUUUGGGAGUAGGUAUUUGAAAUUGUUUAUUAUUAUAUAAGAAAAGUUUACAAUUUUACAUCCCCUCCAUUUUACAAAAAUGGAGGGGAAUAAUCCCCCUCCCUCGAAGAUGAAAAAAGUACAUUCAAAAUAAGACCGGAAUUAGAUAAAAUGACUAAUUCUAAACAACUUUUCUUUAUAGAGUUUUUUCACUAAGUCAAUACUUUUCGAGUUAUUUGCGAGUGAAUAUGUUCAUGUUUAACAAAAUAAAACAUGUUUUUGGACGGUUUUUCGGAGAUAACUCAAAAAGUAAGUAUUUUAGCAAAAAAAAAAUAUUCAAUGUGAAAUAACCCAAAAACGGAGCACUUUUAGGGGAAAAUUCAUUUUAACUUUUUUUAAGUGUUUAAAAAAAGGUUUAUUUUUGUUUUUUAAAAAAAACUUGUAAUAUUAAAAGUAAGUGAAUUACGCUCAAAAUAUUGUUGGUCCCUUUUAUUUUUUGGUAAAAAAGUCGCGAAAAUAACCCCCUGAUUAGCAUCACAUAUAAAUUUUAACAUUACCACUUCACAAGUUACUUUGUCUAUGUAUUAUUUAUAUGAUCUGUAAGUUUCAUCGGUUCAAAGUGGUUCGUUUUGAAAAAGCUGUAGUUAAAAUUGCUUGGACGAGUAAUUAAUGACGAGUUUAGGCAAAUUUUGAACAGCCAUAGCAUAACCAAUUUUUGUCUAACAAGAAAACAAAAAAUCAAAAAUAUUCAGAAAAGCAAAACAUACAUUUUAUUACUCUUUGAGAUUUUUGGUAUUCCUAAUUGUUUUUAAGUUAAUUCCAUAAACAAUUACAAAUUUUUUCAAAAUUAAAAAAAAAUGUUUUAUUUUAAACCCAAUAUUUUUCAAAACUGAGCACUUUGAACCAAUGAAACUUAUAGAUAAUAUAAACAAUACAUAAGUAAAGCAACUUGUAAAGCGGUAACGAUUAAUUUUAUUUGAGAAGCUAAUUAAGGGGCGUUUUUCGCCAUUUUUUUACCAAAAAAUAAAAGGGACCAACAAUAUUUUGAGCGUAACUCACUUACUUUAAAUGUUAGAAGUUUUUUUAAAAAACAAAAAUAAACCUUUUUUUAAACACUUUAAAAGUUGUAAUUAAUUUUCCCCGAAAAGUGCUCCGUUUUUUGGUUAUUUUACGUUGAAAUAUUCGAUUUGGAAUUUGACGAAGAAGAACCUACAUUUCAUUAGCUGUAACUCUCCUUCUACUGGGUCUUCAGACCUCACGCAUACACCAUUUUUUUCAAUUUUUUAUAAGCUAUAUUUUUACUAAGAAUAUUUUUUUCGCUAAAAUACUUACUUUUUGAGUUAUCUCCGAAAAACCGUCCAAAAACUUUUUUUUUUGUUAAAAAUGAACACAUUUACUCGCAAAUAACUCGUAAAGUAUUGACUUAGUAAAAAAACUCUAUAGAACAAAAGUUACUUAGAAUUAGUCAUUUUAUCCAAUUCCGGACUUAUUUUGACCGUAUAUUUUUCACCCAUGAGAAAAAAUUUUUUACCCCGUAUUUUACAAUUUUUGUAAAAUGGAGGGGAUGUAGAAUUGUAAACUUUUUCUUAUAAAUAUAAUAAUAGACAAUUUCAAUUACCUAUUCCCAAAUUUUUAUCCUUCCUUUAUUUUUUUGGAGGUUUUCGUAAAAUUUUGCGUUCCCUGAUCGGGCUAAUAUACGAGUUUAAGACUUCAUUUAUCCUCUAAAGACGACUUCGUUAAAUCACUGCGUUUCAACUGAGAAGUUGUAGCUGUCUUAUUAAUUACUAAAUAUUUUACAUAAUUCCGACACUUGAAGAAUCGAUAAAAAUUUUCACCUACGAAAAUGUCAUCAUCGUCGUCAAAUCAUACCUUUUGUUUGAAAUCGAUAGAAGUCCAAUGAGUUUUAGGUUUACCCGACUUCAUAUUCUUCUUAUUUAUAUACAUGCGUUUUCUUUUAAUAAUGGUUGUCUACCACAUUGUUUCUAUAUUUUUACUACAGGGUGUCCAGAAACUCUACCGACAAACGAAGACAGGAGAUUUCUCAUAUAAUUUUAAGACAUUUUAACCCAAUUCAUCUAGUCUGAAAAUGCUUCCUAAGGGAGCUAGAGCUCUUUGAAGAUGGCGUCUUGUAAUUAGUUUUUAUUGGAUAUCUUUAGAACGCUUUUAUUUAGAAAUAAAAAAAUUGGUACGCAUAUUUAUCUUCCAGAGAUAUAUCGAUUUCAUCCGUUGUGAAUUUCUAGUACCGGUCGUAGGCGUCCGUUUUGGGUAGGGCAACGAUUAUUUGAUCGCAUAACUUUUUUGUAUUCAACUUUUAAGCAUCUUUGAUACUGGAUUAUUAAAUUGUGAGGUAUUCUAGUACUAAAAGAUACUCUUGAUUUAAGUCGGUAGGAUACACCGUUUUCUUGAAAAAUCGAUUUGAAAAUUUUUCGUUUUUUGAAUUUGAAAAAAAAUUGAAAAAAAUUCAAAAAAAAAAGAUGUAUUUUACCAACUUAAAGCAAGAGUAACUUUUAGUACUAGAAUACCUCAUAAUUUAAUAAUCUAAAGUAAAAAAUUCUUAAAAUUUAAAGACAAAAAACUUGUGCGAUAAAAUAACCGUUGACCUACCCAAAAAGGAAGCAUAUGACCGGUACUACAAAUUCGCAAUUAAUGAAAUCGAUUCAUCUCUGGGAUAUAAAUAAACGUACCAGUUUUCGUUUUUCUAAAUGGUUUUUUUUAAUUUUUUUUUGGAAAUUCAAAAAACGAAAAAUUUUCAAAUCGAUUUUUCUAGAAAACGGUGUGUUCUAUCGACUUAAAGCAAGAGUACCUUUUAGUACUAGAAUACCUCACAAUUUAAUAAUCCACUGUCAAAAAUGCUUAAAAGUUAAAGACAUAAAAGUUAUGUGAUAAAAUAACCUGCCCUACCCAAAAUGGACGUCUAUGACCGGUACUAGAAAUUCACAAUCAAUGUAAUCGAUUUAUCUCCGGAAGAUAAAUAUGCGUACAAAUUUCCAUUUUUCUAAAUAAAAUCGUUCUGGAGUUAUUUAAGAAAAACUAAUUACAAGACGCCAUCUUCAAAGAGCUCUAGCUCCCUUAGGAAGCAUUUUCGGACUAGAUGAAUUGGGUUGAAGUUGGAAUAACUUCAAUUUAUAAGAGGAAUCUCCUGUCAUCGUUUGUCGGUAGAGUUUAUGGACACCCUGUAUAUUUGCGCCUAUGUAUCAUUCCCCUUAUUAUACACUUAGGUUUUAUCUCUAAUAUGCUUCAUUAACCUUUAUAAUUUUUAAAAUAUUUCCAUUCUGUUUUUCAUUAAUUUUAUAAAGUAUACAAUUUUAAUUAAAUAAAAGUGUCAGUUGCUCGUUUUCCUUAUUUUCUUCAACGAAAAAAAAAAUUAUACAAGAAAAAGCCAUGAUCAAUUUAAUAUUUAUUAGCCACAACAGGGAUGCCAAACAAAAAGAAUGACUUCGUGCUACAGAGUUUUCGGUCGUACAACUUUAUCUCAUGCUUAGCAGUUCAUUUUUUUUUUCGUAUUAAGAUCAAAUCCAUGUUCGCUACUUAGCUGGUGGACGUGGUAAAAAUUACUUCUUGAUUUUGUAAAUUAGCUACAUUGACAUAAUUCAAUCGCAGAAACAGUCAUAUUCUGUAUCGACCACUAAAAAUCUUAUUCACAUCCCUUUCUAACUUAUGUUCCUAAGUUCGGAUAAAUUCACUGAGAUUUAAUUUUUGUUAUAAAGAAUAUAUAACGAAAUAAAACGACCAAUAACGUGAAAUUGAGGCUUAGAAAAUAUGCGGUUAUAUAGUAGCAAACCAUUAUAUGUAUAACAAUCGAAGUUCGUGUUUUUUCGGACGAAAAAUGGAUCAUACCUUCAGUAUGUUAACCUUCCAGUGGGCGCGCUAUUGUCAAUUUUACGACAAAAGCACGUGAUCGUACCCCCACCCAUACCACACAGUCAAUAUCUACAAAAUUUCCGUUAUUCGCAAAAUUAACGUCAUGCGCCGUUGUAUGUAAGCAUAUUAAUAAUAUCUUCGCAAAUUUUUUAAAUGAAAAUAGAUUGGUUACAAUGAAACGGAUGGUAGAGUGGAUACUGUAGAUAAGAUUUGUGUUGCUUACUCUGCCACUAGGAUAACAAAGGGAUGGCCGUUCUACAGUAUGAUACAUAUUGGCGGCAUAAUUGUUGAAAUUUUAUACAAAUUGGCCUGUCCAGCGAAGGCUCCUAAAUAUCGAAGAGUUUUCCUGAAAAAUUUGUCAGAUCAACUGUUUGACAGAUAUGUACUGCAUGAUAUAAGUGCCCUCCUCAAGGUGACUUAUUGUCGGGAGGUUUUUUUUUAUAUCUACUGAAGAAAAAAAAAAUAGAAACCUUAUAAAGCGCGGUGUUUGCUGAGAAUAUGUAAUGGAAAAAAAUAUCCUUAGGUUCAAUGAAGUGUUGCCAUUAGGCAACAUGAAGUGUUUUCAGUCAUUUACAGGCAAGAUGCUUUCUGUGGUUGAGAUUGUUUGCAAUUAUUGAAAGAAUGGGAGCAUUAAUUCGGACCAAUAGUCAGAUUCUUUUGAAAUAUUAUAUUUUUAAAGUAUGGUUUGGUUCUUUGUAAACAUAAAUAAGAAAAUAUUGGUUUAAAAUACAUAAUUUUUGAAGUUAUACUUCUUUACGAUUGAGAGUGAAAUUUUAUAAUUCUGAGCGCAUGCUCACAUAGACAGUAUGUAGUUCGUUGCUAAUCUUUCAAGUUAUGUACGUAUCCGCGCAAAUAAGUCAUUAAAAGAAUAUAUUAGUAUUAGUGUUUUUAGUAAAUGUAUUAUUUAUUAUAAUUUUUGUGCCUUUGGAUUUGUCUUCCUCGGGAGUAAGAUAAUAAAAUAUCUAUUAUAACAUUUUUAUACUUCACUUUAUCUAUUUGUCACCGUGAUGUGUAAUUAUAUCCGAGACAUCACGUGGACGGGGCUUGAUAGCGUGGUUGGCAGAGCAUUGGACCAGAGAUCGAGAGGUCCCGGGUUCAAAUCCCGGACGAUUCAUAUUCUUUUUUUUUAUUUUUGCUAUUAUUUUAAUAAAAAUUGUUUGAAAGUGGUAGGUAAGAAAGUUAGUUUAAUAUUUAAAUAAAAUACAAAUAAACUGUUAAGUAUAUUUAUUUCGUUGAAAUUAUAUAAUAGAAGUAUAACUUCUUACGUGCGUACAAAGUACACACACAUUCUUUUUUUUUUUUUUUUUGUAUAAGCUAAUAAUAACAAUUCCCCAACAUUUAUUUAAAGAAAAUAUCAUUUACAAUAAGACAUAAAAUUUACGAGAAAUUAAAGGGCGCCCCCCUCCCCCCGAUUAUAGUUCAAACUAAGGGAGAUUACGGUUCACCAAAGCUAUGUAGCAAAUUGGCAACUACAUGAAAUGAAUAUUGGAUUAUAUAUUAUAAAUAUUUUCGUUCAGGUGUAUUUUAACCAUUUACGUACAAAGUUCUUGGGCUCACUGACAAUUAAAUCUGUUGACAAAAAAUAUUCGAUUUCAAGUAUUAUCUUCAAUUUUUUUUUUUCAAACUCCAGUUAAUAACUCGACUAUUUUGUACAUACGUAAAAUGAUACACUGACUGAAAUAUACAGAUUUAUAAAGUCUAUACAAAUUUAGUAAACUGUUGUGUAAAAUAUGUUAUUUUAUUUGUUUAGCUGUAAAUUUUUAAUAGAGAAAAAAUAUGUUAUCUUGUAAAUAUGGUGCAUUAUAUUGUUAUGUAGUCCUGAAAGUCUUCUAUACUUAAACCGAUACUUUGAAAUCCAAUUUUUUUGUUGACAAUGCAUAAUUUGCCAGUAAGUAAGUGAUGUAUAUAUUUCAAUUUUAUACUUUUAUUAUUAUUUUCAUAUAGUGUACUAACCAUUAAUCUCUUUAUAUCGGGCUUCUUCUUUUUGUGUAAGAGUUAUAUUUAAUUAUAGAUCUUUUGUAAUUAUGAAAAUUUUUAAAACAGUUAUAUAUUAGUGGUGAUUAUUUGAUUUGUAUAUUGUAUAAAAUCUUUUGGAAACAAAUGUCUUCUUGUUUGUAUAGUUGUAAAUGAAUAAAAUGGCUUAAAUAGAUAAUUGUCAGAUUUGUAA